AUGGCGACGUCUGCGAGCGAUACCACGAACUCGUUGUGUCAGUUUAUCGUUUUGCGGAAGGAUUUGGGACGGAAUCAGAGAUGGCCGCUGGGCGCGCUGAGCGCGCAGGUCGCGCACGCGUCGGUGGCGGCGAUCUGGAAGUACAGGGAGAACGCGUCGACGAUUGCGUACUGCGAGGACGCGGCGAACAUGCGUAAGGUUGUGCUGGAGACGAAGAACGAGAACCAAUUGAGGGCGCUCGGGGAACAGUUGACGGCGGCGGGGGUGGAGCACUGCGUGUGGAUUGAACAGCCGGAGGACGUGGCGACGGCGCUGGCGACGCGGCCGUACGAUAAGGAAGAUAUCGGGCAUUUAUUUAAGAAGUGUAAUCUGGCGAAGGACGUGUGCGUUUCGCCGAGCGCGGCGCCGUAG